GGAGGAUUUACUGGGACCCAGACAGACAGACAGCAGACCGGCUGUCCCGAAGCGGCGCUGAUCCUUCACUCUCCGGCAUCACCGGCCACCUGCCUCUCCGGGAAUAACCCGCCGAGGAACCAAAGCUAACGGGAGGCGUCGCGAGACACCGGCCGGCUUCCUCCCCUUAACCCUCCACCCACACCCACCCACCCACACCCACACCCCUCCCUGUCUUGCGGGAGGACGCGACGCGCUGCUUGGCGACCGCCGGGUUUGUUGACGUUGUCGUUGUCGGGCUCGAUCCCCCCCCCCCCCCCUCCGCCGGACCGGCGCUGAACCUCUCGGAGGAGACACUUGCAUGGAUGCGCCAUGGCCACGUUCGUGUGCAGGGUUCAGUUCUUGGAUGACACCGAUCCGUUUAACAGCACCAACUUCCCGGAGCCGACCAGACCUCCGCUGUACACCUUCAGGGAGGACAUCCCCCUCAUCAACCAGAUAGCGGGCAUCCACCGGCUGCUCAGGACCCCGCACAAGCUCGACGACUGCACGCUGCAGCUCUCCCACAAUGGCACCUAUCUGGACCUGGAGUCCUCUCUGGCCGAGCAGAAGGACGAGCUGGAGGGCUUUCAGCAGGAUGACUCAGGGUCCAGAGGGAAGAAGCACAGCGUCAUCCUACGGACCCAGCUGACCGUCCGGGUGCACGCCUGCAUAGAAAAGCUGUAUAACUCCAACGGACGUGACCUGAGGAGGGCUCUGUUCUCCCUAAAGCAAAUCUUCCAGGAUGACAAAGAUCUGGUCCAUGAGUUUGUGAUGGCUGAAGGUCUGACGUGUCUCAUCAAGGUGGGAGCGGAAGCUGACCAGAACUACCAGAACUACAUAUUAAGAGCUCUGGGGCAGAUCAUGCUGUAUGUGGAUGGGAUGAACGGUGUCAUUGGGCACGCUGAGACGAUCCAAUGGCUGUACACUCUCGUCGGCUCAAAGUUCCGUCUGGUGGUGAAAACAACUCUGAAGCUGCUGCUGGUGUUCGUUGAAUACUCCGAGUCCAACGCCCCGCUGCUGAUAGACGCCAUCACCUCGGUGGAAACCAAGAGAGGGUGCAAGCCGUGGUCCAACAUGAUGGAGAUUCUGCAUGAGAAGGACGGAGUGGACACAGAGCUGCUGGUCUACGCCAUGACCCUCAUCAAUAAGACGCUUGCAGCGCUGCCCGACCAGGACUCCUUUUACGACAUGGUCGAUGGUCUGGAGGAGCAAGGCAUGGAGACGGUGACCCAGAGACAUCUGGGGCGGAGAGGCACGGACAUGGACUUGGUUGAGCAGCUCAACAUCUACGAGAUGACCCUGCAGCACGAAGACGGCGACGACGACAGCCGGCCUCCGGCGGCCGGACGGCGGGACCGCCGACGGGUCAGCCUCGGGGGCGGCGACAAGCGGUGCGGCCUGGAGAGGAGGCGGAGCCGCAGGGCCUCUCUCGGGCGGUCGGGCCAGGCCUCGCCCUGCGGCCCGGCGUCCCCGCGGAGGGCCGCUGGCCCGCAGCCGAGAGCCGAGGACGCGAGCGAGAGGCACCUUCCGACCACAGGUCACCGGACGACCGUCCAGUCCAUCACCAUCACUUCCAGAAAGGAGAAUACAGCAGAGGAGGAGCAGAGGAAUCGGACUGAACCCCCCCCAGCGCCCUCCUUCUCUCCCCCGGCCUCCUCCCCCCCGAGCCCCCCCGCGCCACCCUCCUUCCUGGCCAGCCUGCUGGCCCGCAAGCGCUCCACCGUCACCGUGCCGGCGACCAAGGAGGUCAGCCCGCCGUCGCGAGGCAGCUCCCGUCCCACCUACAUGCCCUACAUGCCUCAGUCGCCCUUCCACCUCUUCUCCUACGACCUGGCCGAGGAGCCGGCGGCCCCGGCGCCGCCGCGACCCGGCGAAGAGUCCCCCAAAACACCGUCUCCCAGGAAUGGAGGUCACAUGUCCUGCUCCUCCCUCAGCUCCCCAAGUACGCCCACCAGCUCCAGGCCUGCUCUGGGAGGUCUCCUCUCCUCCUCCUACCGACAACACCAGGAGUCCCUGGCGGCCGAGCGAGAGCGCCGCCGAGUGGAGAGAGAGGAGAGACUGCAGCGCAUCGAGAGAGAGGAGAGGAACAAGCACAGCCGCGGCUUCGUGGACAAGAUGGAAGAGGCCCGGCACGCGCGCGAGGAGAGGUACAAGAACGUGGAGCGCCUGGCGGCGGAGGAGUACGAGCGGGAGCACGUGCGGGUGUCGAGGACGCGCCCUGACCUCGCCCUGACCUUUGAACCCGCGGAGGCCUGGCCCUCGUCGUCGCGCAGCAGCACGCCGUCCUCCUUCGCCUCCCAGGAGGACGCCGAGGCUGACCUCGAAGCCGAAGCCGCCGAAGCCGCCGCCCCCGCCACCGCCCCCCACGCGCCCCCCCAGACAGCGGAGGCUGACGAGUCCAGCGUAGAACCAGAGGAAAAAGAAGCCACAGGAGAAGAGGAGGAAGAACAGAAAGAGGAGGAAGCACGGCACGAGGCAGCAAAACAGGAGGAGGAGGAGGAGGAGGCCGAGCGCUCUGAGCCGGAAUCGGAGAAGGAGAAGGAGGAGGCGGAGGAGGAGGACAGCGGCAUCCUCAGCGACAAGGAGCGGCAGAACGAGGAGGUGAACGAGAAGGACAACUGCUCCGCCUCCAGCAUCUCCUCGGCCAGCAGCACUCUGGAGAGAGAGGAGAGGGCGAGCCAUGACAACGGCUUCAAGGAGCCGGAGGUGAACGACCCGUGCAGCAAACUCCUCAACAGCAAGCUCUUCAUGCUGGACAUGCUGUACUCCCACAACAAGAAGCCAAGCGACGAGGAGGAGGACGAGGAGGAAGAGGAGGAGAAGGAGAAGGAGAAGGAGAAGGAGAAAGGCGAGGGCGAAGAGGACAAGGAAGCCCAGCGGGGCGCCGGUUCGCCACCGGGCGGCGACCAGGAGAGCGACGACAGGCCGGAGCCCCACCGGACCAUCCGACCGCUGGCCGAGCGCUUCGGGGCGCUGAUUAAGGACCUCGGCUCGGCCACGCCGCACCCGGAGGCCGCCGCCCUCGCCGCCGCCGCCCCCGAGGCCCCUCCCACGCCUCCCCCGCCACCCAAGAAGGAGUCGGACACCAUCUGGGACCAGCUGCUGGCCAGCCCGCGGGAGCUGCGCAUCGGGGACAUCAACUUCACCGACCUGACGGAGGACGACGACAAAGACGUCCUGGACGCCGUCUUGAUGGGGCGGUACGGCGACCACCCGCGCCCGCCGCCUCCGCCGCCGUGCCUCCCCCGCUUCCCGCCGCCGCCGCCCGCGCCAGGCGGCUGCCCCCCGCCCCCUCCCCCUCCUUCCUUUGGCGGCCAGACCCCGGCGCCUCCUCCGCCGGAGCAGCCGCUCUUUAAUAAGAAGAAGAAGACGAUCCGGCUGUUCUGGAGCGAGGUGCGUCCGCAAGAUUCUCAGUACCGGGACUACAAACGGAGGGGAGACACGUUCUGGUCCAAACUGGAACCAGUGAAAAUUGACACGGCCAAACUGGAGCACCUGUUUGAGUCCAAAUCAAAGGAAAUACCUGUUACCAAGAAAACAGCAGCGGACGGCAAGCGGCAGGAGGUCAUCGUCCUGGACUCCAAGAGGAGCAACGCCAUCAACAUCGGCCUGACGGUGCUGCCCCCUCCUCGCACGAUCAAGACGGCCAUCCUUAACUUCGACGAGUACGCGCUUAACAAGGAGGGCAUAGAGAAAAUCCUGACGAUGAUCCCCACGGAGGAGGAGAAGCAGAAGAUCCAGGAGGCCCAGCUGGCCAACCCCGAGGUCCCGCUGGGCUCAGCAGAGCAGUUCCUCCUGACCCUGUCCUCCAUCAGCGAGCUCUCGGCUCGACUCCAACUCUGGGCCUUCAAGAUGGACUACGAGGCGACCCAGAAGGAAGUGGCCGAGCCGCUGCAGGACCUGAAAGAGGGCAUGGAACAGCUUGAGAAGAACAAGACCCUGCGCUACACCCUUUCCACGCUGCUCUCCAUGGGGAACUUUCUCAACGGCACAAACGCGAAAGGCUUCGAGGUGACGUAUUUGGAGAAGGUCGCGGAGGUGAAGGACACGGUCCACAAGCAGUCCCUGCUGCACCACGCCUGCUCCGUGGUGGUGGAGAACUUCCCUCAGAGCACCGACCUCUACUCCGAGAUCGGGGCCGUCACGCGAUCCGCAAAAGUGGAUUUCGACCAGCUGCAGGAGAACCUGUGUCAGAUGGAGCGCCGCUGCAAGGCGUCCUGGGACCACCUGAAGGUGAUCGCCAAGCACGAGAUGAAGCCCCAGCUGAAGCAGAAGAUGUCCGACUUCCUCAAAGACUGCGCCGAGAGGAUCAUCAUCCUCAAGGUUGUCCACCGCAGGAUCAUCAACAGGUUCCACUCGUUCCUGCUGUUCCUCGGCCACCCGGCCUACAGCGUGAGGGACGUCAGCGUCCACAGGUUCAGCAAAAUCCUCAGCGAGUUCGCGCUGGAGUACCGGACCACCCGGGACCGCGUGCUGCAGCUGAAACAGAAACGGGCCGACCACCGCGAGCGCAACAAGACGCGCGGGAAGAUGAUCAUGGACGUCAACGCCCCUUCUGAUGAUGAAGAGGCGAGUGAGUGCGGUGGGAACGCCUCCGGCGGAUGUGCGAGCGGCCCGAGCGGCAGCCAGGAGGCGGAGCCUCCCCGGGGCCUGGGCCACACCGAGGACGUCGCCGAGCACGAGCACAUGAAAGCCGUCCUGAGGACGAGCCUCGGUGGCGGCGGCGGCGACAAGGAGGCCGGCGGGGUGCCGGGGCUUCGGACGCGGACGAGGUCCCGGCCCGGACGGGGAGGUCGCAGCCUGCCGCCGGCGAGGACUCCGCCCGCGGAGGACGCUCAGGUGUGCGGGGACGACUCCGCGGACGAGAUCAUGGAGCGGAUUGUGCGGUCGGCCACCCAGGGCCCGGGAACCAGGGCCCAGCCCAGGGAGAGGAGGAGGUCCAGGGCCAACCGCAAGUCACUGAGGCGGACUCUGAAGAACGGCCUGACCCCGGAGGAAGCUCUCGCUCUGGGACUUUCCGAUUCUCCGGAGCCGCAGGUGUAAACAGGCGCCGGUUGGGUGGUGGAGACGCGGCUCUGCGACAUCUCUCUGUCGGCCCUUGGCGCGCUUUAAGCUGCUGGAGGAGGAGAACUAGUGUUUUCAACUUGGCAAAGAAAGGAAUGGAUUCUUUCCAAAAAAUCCAAACCUAAAUGUUACAUUUAUCCAAAGGGAUAAUUUUGGCUUUUCGAGUUUCUGCAGCUGUGACUUCCUUUUUUUCCUUCUCUCCAUUUAUUUAAAGCUGUGAAUUUUGUUUGCAACGAUUAACGGGCUGAAGAACAAGUUUUUUAUUUCUCCUCUUAUCCAGUUUCAAAUGAGCACAAGAGGUAUCUGUGAAACAAAGAGGCUCGCUGAGGAUUGCCAUUUGAAAAAAAAAAGAA